CAGUUUUAACUAAGAAUACUAUGAGACUUUUCACAUUCUUAUUUGCUUUGAUAUUAGCUUGUGGUAUAAGCGUGCAAGCUGCCCCCACAACUGUGGACUCAGGUUUGUCGGUCAGGGAAAUCACCAUGGUGCAAGAGUCUGUUGCCAACAUUAACGACUAUGUGAAAAAGAGAGACGGUUUGGCUGCCGAAGAAAAGUCCAAGAGAGAAAGUCAAAUUGUUACGGAUGUUUUGACUGCCAUUAAGGACACUAACUUGGCGGUUCCAAUCCUCGAGUACGUGAUCAACGACUCUACUUUGGAACCAAUUGCUGUUAACACCAUUUCUUACUUGAUCAAGAACGAUUACAUUAACAUCGACACUUUAUUGAAGGCUUUGAACGACUCUGGUUUGGCUGUAAGUGUGAUUCAAGACUUGAUCAGUGACUGUAACUUCUAUGCUGAAAUUUACAGUUUGGCCUUGGGUUACAUUAGUGACUUGGCUGACAAGAUUGGUGAUUACAUUAAGGGUCUUUUCAGAAGAGAAUACAUGAUGGUUGAGAUUACUCCAAAGAUGGCCCCUCUUCAAAGAAGAGCAUCCGAAGAAGAAAUCUUGACGAGUUUGAUGGAAUCUUUGAAGGACUCUGGUUUGGCUAACCAAGUUGUCGAAGCAUUGGUUGUUGAUCCUGCCUUCUACUCAUUUGGUGCCGAUUUAAUCAAGAAGUUGAUUGAAGACAAUGACAUUUCUCUUUCUUCUUUGGUGGCCGAUUUAUUGGACUCUGGGUUGAUUCCAUCCUUGAUCAAGGCUUUCUUGAACCUUGGUACUUUCGACACUAUUAUCACUAAUGCUUUGGCUGCAGCUUUCGGAAAGUGUGACGGUUCUAGUGUUACUUCUGCUAUCACUAGUGCCACCACCGUGGCUUCUAUUACCACCACUCCUAUCAGCGACAUUCCACUUCCUACUGGAAGCACUGGUGUGUGCAGAAAGAAGAAGAGAUCUUAUGUUCACUAAGUUCUGAAACAUUAAUGCUUUUAUGCCAAAACCUUUUCAUCAAAAAACUUAACUACCCAUCAGUAAAAUCCUGUUUCGUGGUUCACUGAUCAUAAUAUACCUUUUUCCUCUUACUAUUUCGUGCCUUUUUUAAGUGCUUGCUGCAGGGCAGUUUUCCUUUGGAAUCUUGAUUUUCUGUUCUAUAUAACUUGUGUAUUAUGGUUGGUAACCUUCAAUAUAAUUUUAGAU